AUGGAGGAAGGCACAGAGGGGGCUGUAGGACACCCCAAUCUCCCCAUACAUCCCCUCUCUCAUCUCCCAGACCUGUACCGAAAGGUGUUCAUCUUUCGGAAGGAUCCCAGCGAUGCCUACGUGGUGCUGAGGGCAAAGCUGGACCAGCCACUGCAGAAUGUCACCAUCUGCCUACGGUCCUACACCGACCUCACCCGACCCUACAGCCUCUUCUCUUACGCCACCAAAGCACAGGACAACGAGAUCCUGGUCUUCAAACCCAAACCCAGCGAGUACCGGUUCUACAUAGGGGGCAAAUUUGUCACCUUCCGUGUCCCUGAGGGUCGUGGGGACUGGGAACACAUCUGUGCCAGUUGGGAAUCAGCCACUGGCAUCGCUGAGUUCUGGUUCAAUGGGAAACCCUGGCCCCGUAAGGGGCUGCAAAGGGGCUACACGGUGGGCUCAGAGGCUGCCAUCCUCCUGGGGCAGGAGCAGGAUGCUUUCGGGGGUGGCUUUGAUGUCUAUAACUCCUUCUCUGGUGAGCUGGCUGAUGUCUACUUGUGGGACACAGGGCUGUCCCCAGACAAGAUGAGAGCUGCCUACCAGUCCCUGCGCCUGCCACCAGCCAUCCUGGCUUGGAAGAGUCUGAGCUAUGAAGUGAAGGGGGAUGUGGUGGUGAAACCCCGGCUCCGGGAGGUGCUGGGGUCGUGA